AUGUUUACCAAAUCUUCUUUGUCUAAAAUUGCAUCAGUCCGUGGAUUUGCAUCGUCUGCCCAGGCUUUUGAGAAGCAAGUCUUUUUUGACGUCAAGGUCGGUGAUAAGACCUUGCCCAGAAUAGUAUUCAAGCUCUUCGACGAAACCGUCCCAAAGACGGCAGAGAACUUCCGUGCUCUGUGUACUGGAGAGAAAGGCUACGGCUACAAAGACUCUAUUUUCCACAGAGUCAUUCCGCAAUUCAUGCUUCAAGGUGGUGACAUCACCCACUUCAACGGAUUCGGAGGCAAGUCUAUCUACGGAGACCGCUUUCCAGAUGAAAACUUCAAGCUUAAGCACGAUCGCCCAUUCUUGCUGUCCAUGGCAAAUGCCGGCCCUAACACCAACGGCUCGCAGUUCUUCAUCACAACCGUUGUGACCAACUGGUUGGACGGUGCUCAUGUGGUCUUCGGAGAGGUGAUUGAGGGUCAAGAUACUGUUAAGGCUAUUGAAGCGCUUGGAAGUUCUUCUGGUAAGCCAGCUCAGGAGAUCAAGAUUGUUGAGUCCGGUGAGUUGGUCCAGGAGGAGUAA